UCGGCCGCGAGCGGCACGCGCGCAGCCCCGGGGAUGCUGGAGCGGGCGCGAUGGCUCCCGCCAUGCAGUCGGCCGAGCUCCAGUUCGCCCAGCGGCUGGCCUCCAGCGAGAAGGGUGUCCGCGACCGCGCAGUGAGGAAGCUGCGGCAGUAUCUCAGCGCAAGGACGCAGAGCGACACAGGAAGUUUCAGUCAGGAAGAACUCCUAAAAAUAUGGAAAGGACUCUUCUACUGCAUGUGGGUGCAGGACGAGCCCCUUCUGCAGGAGGAGCUGGCGAACAUUAUUUCCCAACUCAUCCAUGUUGUUAACAGCUCGGAGGCUCAACACCUGUUCAUUCAGACCUUCUGGCAAACCAUGAAUCGAGAGUGGCAAGGGAUAGACAAGCUGCGGCUGGACAAGUACUGCAUGCUGAUCCGCCUGGUCCUGAGGCAGUGCUUCGAAGUUCUCAAGCGGAAUGCCUGGGAAGAGAGCCAAAUCAAACUUUUUUUGGACAUCUUGAUGAAGGAGAUCCUGAAUCCCGAGAGUCAGUCUCCCGAUGGAGUGAGAGCCCACUUGAUUGACGUUUAUUUGGAUGAGCUCUCCACUGUGGGAGGGAGAGAGCUUUUAGCGGAUCAGAACCUCAAGUUAAUUGAUCCAUUCUGCAGAAUUGCUGCCAAGACUAAGGACCCCACGCUGGUACAGACUGUAGCUAGAGGUGUUUUUGAAGUCAUUGUAGAUCAGUCUGCUUUUGUACCUGAAGAGACCGUGGAAGAGCAGAAAAGCAGAGUGGGAGAUGGUGGCCUCUCUGCCGAAGGGAUCCCUACAAACAAGCCGGCCUGCAGGAAAGCAGGCAGUGGGAAGAAGGCCGCGCUGGGCGAUUGCCUCAGAGAUGGAGUCGUUGGCAGCAGAGAAAGAAACAGCUGUGCGGCCUUCAAAGACUCAGGGUCACCUCUCCAGUUCGACUAUAAGGCAGUAGCUGAUCGACUCUCGGAAAUAGCCAACUCAAAGAGCACCCCUCCCUUCAACCGGAAGCGGCUCUGCAGACUGAUCCGAAAGUUCCAGGACCUCUCUGAAGCAGGCAAUAGUGCUCAACUCAGUUUUGCUGAGGACGUUACUGCUGAUGAAAAUGGUCAAGCCCUCAGUCAAAGAAGGCACAAGAAAAAAAGAAAGAAGCUUUUAGAGAGAGCUGCCCUGGAUAGGGAGAAAGGAAGCACAGUCUCUCUUGAUGGUGGAGAGGACAGCGGAGGCAACAUUCACAAAAGGAAAAGGAAAAAGAAGAAGAGGAGCCACUUCCAGGCUGAGACUGAGGACCUGGAUACUGUUGCCAUGCCCCCAGCACAGAGUGCUGAUAGUGAGCCUGACACUGCCCGGAGGCAGACCCCACAGGCCUGUGUGACUGGACCUGCAGCAGACGCCACGUCUAGCAUCAGAGAGAACAGCCCCGAGCCAACACCCAUCGUACCCAUACACAAUAAAAGGAAACGGCCAAGAAAGAAGAGCCUGAGGGCCCACAGAGAGACCUGGAAACCUCAGGAGGAUGUGUCAGAGAACGACCCUAUCAGUGGCCAACCUCAGAGCUCUGCCACCCAAGCUUCCUCCUCAGGUGUCCAAGCCCAGAAGAGGAAACGGAAACUCGGAGCUCUCCCUAUCAGCAGUGGCGGCUUGACAGUGCAGAAGGCAGGCACCCCCAUAAGUCCCGGGGAAGAGAGAGAUGGCCAGACCACCCUGCCCCAGUGCAAAAGGCCACAGAAGAAGGCAGUGUCCAGCAGUCUUGACCUCUGUGAUCUGUCCAGUCAGAAAACAGCAAUCUUAAAGAAGAGGAAAAAAAUGAGACAGACGUCAGACUUCGUGGAGCACAAUGGAGUGCUGGAGUCCAGCGCCGGGUGGACCCAAGCUCCGGGAAGCAACAGGACUCCGAAGAAGCCACUGAAAACGGAGGAUGACUUUGUGAAGUUUGACACCCGCUUCUUACCAAAGCCCCUGUUCUUCAGGAAAGCAAAGAGCAAAUCUGCCGUCCUUCCCCAAGGUCCUGCUGUCCAGCUGAAUAAAACACCCUCCAGCUCCAAGAAAGUCACCUUUGGAUUGAACAGGAACAUGACUGCAGAAUUUAAGAAGACAGACAAGAGUAUCCUGGUCAGCCCCACAGGCUUCUCCAGAGUGGCCUUCAACCCUGAGCAGCGGCCACUCCAUGGAGUGCUGAAGUCCCCGGCCAGCUCCCCGGCCAGCACGCCUCUGUCAACCCUGAAGCUACCAGCCACCACUCCAAAGAGAAGGCCAAGGGCUGCGGACUUCUUCUGAGAGCCAGAGUCCCUUUUUAAAGACUGCUUUUAUACUGGAUAUUCUAUAAAUUAUAACUUUUAAAUGUGGGCUUUUUAAUUAUUUUACAAAUCCCCGUGAACGGGGCAAAUGUUCUGAACCUCCUCGCCGGGGCUGCAGGCCAUGGUUCUUGGCUGAGUCCAUGCACACUCUCACCAGAAGGACUGAGUACUGUUGGUCUGUGGAGCCCUCUCCUCGGUGCCCCUGCUGCGUCUGCCACAGUCGGUUGCCUUUCUGGGCUUUUGUAGUCUCGGUCUGUCUUGUGAAAGCAUGUCGUCAGCUUCAGGCCCGGUCUGUGGGCGUUCGGGCGUUUCUCCUGGGGAUGACUCUUGAAACCCAAUGAGCAAUAGUGUAGUUUUUCUAUGUGUGACCAGCAGGGGGGUGGACGGGUGUGGGGUGGAGAAAAGCCACUCUGUCCCGGAGGCUUUUCCUCCUCUGCCUGGCCUGUUCCUGUCCCUGUCUUCCUACCUCUAUAGCAAGCCCAAAGUGUCUUUUCAGGAGGGCCAGUGCCCCCCAGGCUGCUGCCCACAUUAGCACAGUUUCCCAGGCCUCGGGCAUAGUUCUUCAGCUCAGUGAGUGAGCCCAGGGCCUCUCUGACCGCGCCUCCUUUUUUUUUUUUCUCCCCUUCAUCGUCGUCAUCGAGGCUUGCACCAGUGAUGUCUGGGCCCCAGGCUCUUGGUAGAACAGGAAGUUGGCUGCCCGGGAGAGCAUGCACUGACAGCCAGCUGCCUGUGACCCGGAACACAAGCGCCUGCGUCCACAGGUUCUGUACGGCUCUUCGAGCUUGCAUUUGUGCAGAACCCAGGGAGACGCUCAGACUUCCCUGGGAGCAAAUCGGGCUUCUUUUUCAGAGCAGAGCCUGCUUGGCAGCUGACUGUUUAAGGAACCUACCCUGGGGUCUGAGGGGUGGAGCCGCUCAGGAGGGAGCAGGAGCACAGCAGGGAGCCCACAUCCUCCUGGUGUUGCAGGCUUGACUGGCAGGGCCUCGGCACUCAGCACUAACCAUCUGCCUGCUGUGCUCAGGGUAUCCCCAGGUACCACCUACUCUACACCCUUGUGCCGUUUCCACGCUGCCGCUCCCCAGUAGAGGACUGCAGGUCACUACCACUGCCUCGGGCUCCACUCCUUCACACAGUCAAGGGGUCCACUUCCUGCCGUCGGGCCAGCUGACUGGUGGGUGCCGUUCCUGAUAGGAGUGAAGUCACUGUCUUCUGCCUGCUCACUAAUCAAGUCUGUCACUAGGCCAUAGAAAAGGGAGGCAUUACGCUGUUGUCACGAUAGGUCAGGUGCAGUGUAACUUGUGGUUGCAUGGUUACAGUGUGCUCAGUUUGACGGUCAUAGUCAAAACUAAAACUCGUGUAGAGGUUUUAAGGUAAGGGUUAAGGCAGCAAAUGCUGUUAGCUUUUCAUUUAAAAAGUUCAACACGUCCAACAGUUUUCUGUUUUAAAAGGUAGGUUAUAUAGCCAAGCGGGUCGGUCAUCCGGCAGCAGUGGUGGAAACUUCCUCACAGCAUUUUCAUGCUAGCUACCCAUCCUCAGGGACCAGUAAAUAUUCUGGGAGCACACCUCCUGCCAAAAUCACUGCCAGGGUGGAGGGCAACCUCUGGGUUCACAGGUGGCACACGCGGUCAUGCCAGGCCGAGAUUUUUGCUCUUCUUUCUUCUGUGCACAGCGCAGGAAGGCUCUACCACGUGAAGGAGUACGUUUAGAAUGACAUCUUUGUCCUUAAUGUGUGCCAUUUUCUCAAGUAAAAUGGCUGGUGGAGAAGCAAAUCUUAGCGCUGGUGACCUAAAUAGCACCUGGGAAGAUGAUACUCUCCUAGUAGUGUGGAUGUGGUCAUUUUUGCAGUUUGGUUUCAAACUUACUUUUUUCUCCUCCACCCCGCCAAGGUCUCAUUAUGUAUCCCAGAUGGCCCCACACUGGUGGUCAUCCCGCCUCAGCCUCCCUCGUGCUGGGACACAAUCCCCUUUCUGAACCGAAGCACAGGAUCAUGAGGGGGUGGGGAAGCAGUUGCCUCCCUGGAAAGUAGGUGUGUGUUUCUCCGGAUCGCAUGACUGCCCCAGCGAUGCUUGUUUACGAUCCAAUUGUAUUGUCACCAGGGCUUGUUGGUACAAAUCAAAGCCAAGACCAAUUAAAAGAAAUAUGUUUUUAUCCUCA